AUGGCUCUUCUUUUAAUUACACAUCUUUACUUUCAGAAAUCUGUACUGAGUCAUGGUUUUCCAGGCAUUCCAGGGUCAAAUGGCAUGCCGGGAAUGCCGGGCGCGCCUGGGCCGCAGGGGCCCCAGGGAAGAGAAGGUUCCAAAGGACAAAUUGGUGAUAAGGGAUCGCAAGGACUGCAGGGUCCAAGAGGAGACAGAGGGCGCGAGGGGCCUCCCGGGAAGAGCGGACCGCCAGGAAUUAUGGGAACAAAAGGUGAAUCGGGGCUUGAGGGAAUGAAGGGAGAGCAAGGCAUUGUGGGAAAUCAAGGAAAAAAAGGAGACAAAGGAGAGAAAGGAGAAAGCACCAAAGCAAGUCAAGCAAGUUUAGUACCACAAACCAACUGGAAACAAUGUGUGUGGAAAUCAGACAGCGGUACUGAUAACGGAAAGAUUAAGGUAAACAAGAAAAGCGUUAAAAGCUAAACACGAACUAUCUAAAAGUACCACAAAGGAUCAUCAUAGGUGGAAAGAGGUUUUUUGAGAUUUUAAAGCACAGCUAUGACCCCAACCUCAUUCCCUCAGCCAUCAUCCCCAGUCAACCUUUCUCCAGUUGGCAUUAAUUUUUGUGCUAUUUAGCAACAUUAGAGUUGCAGACAUUUUAAUCGUUUAUUUUUUGUUUUGUUUUCCAGGACUGUGCUUUUAACAAGUUGAAGUCGGAUACAGCGCUUAAAGUCUCAUUCCAGGGAAACAUGAGGGUCGAUGGUGAUAAUAAGUGUAGCCGAUGGUAUUUCAAGUUCAAUGGAAACGAAUGCAGCGGACCAAUGACGAUUGAGGCUGUUGUUUACAACAACUGGUCAUCUGGGAGAAAUGCUAAUCAGCUGCAUCAUCGGUCAUUUGAGGGGUACUGUGAAAACAUCCCACAAGGAACGGUUAGAGUGGAAUUAUGGGUAGGACAGUGUAGUGGCAACACCUUGGGUAAUGCUUACACUGGGUGGAAUUCAGUGUCCCGGGUAAUAAUUGAAGAAGUGUCCAGGCCCCAGUCCUAAUACGGCACUCUCUUUCUGAGAAAAGCUUAAUGAGCAAAUAUAGAAAAAUAUAAAGCACGAAUUUGUUAGUUUUAGCUUACUACUAAAGUCGUCGACAUGGUAGUGUAAGGUUCACAAUACUAACCCGAAUGUUAUUGCCAUCUGCAUGUGUAAUUAAUUUUUAAUCGUCACAUUUCAGAAGUUAUAGAUGCAGUAUUUUCAGUGCUCAGCAAUAACUUCAGGUUACCGUCAGGAGCCGAUUUCGAUGAGAUCGACUAUUUUCUGCAAAACAAAUAUGAAUUUGGGGUCGAAGUUUAAUCAUUUCAGUGAAAAAAAGAACAAAAAGAAAAGAGGAAAACUCCUCAAGUAAUCUUUUUCCAUUACAUCGAAUUUGGCUUCCAUAAGAAUUUUUUUUUUUCAAACUCUUCUAGAACAUAUAAUUACAUUUUGUUUCUCAAAUCUCUUUUGCUUUAUUUUAAUUUAUUCAUUUAUUUUAUAAGCGCUAAAAAAUUUGCGGUGCAGUCUAGAGUUACACGGCUUUGAUUUUAAAGCACGCUAAGCUUUGAUUUCAGAGUGUUGUUUUUAACCAGAUGCGCUGAAUCCUUCUUAAGGAAGGCAAAUUUAACUAGGGGAAAAUUCUGACUAAUUAGUUUACCGCUUUUGCAUUCCAAAAAAGAUGUUUGAACGUGAGAACGCUGAACGUAUAUGGUAAUCUGAAGUAACUGAGGUUUGCUUAAAGUAAGUUAAUAACUGGCUUGAAAUUGACCAAAUGUAGAGUAAAUAAUAAGAAACCUGAACUUCGCUGUUAUAUUCAUUGCAGUGGUUAAUCAGUGAUCAGUUGAAAGAAGUGGUCAUUAUUUUCCUUGUGGAAGAGUGUUUUUGUUAUUUUUUCCUUUUUGUUAGUGUAUUCUCUUCAAUCUGCAAGGCUUUCAUUAAAAGGCAAUUGGCCUAACGUUCAGCACAAAUUGUUUUUGCGUUGUUGCUCUUGCCUUCUUUUUAAAAUUAAAAGCCGCUAUUGUUCCUCAAUGUGAAAUUUGCCCAGCCCACCUCGGUCGAAAAUACCCCGGUCCACUGUUCGCUGAUUUUGGAUGGCAUACAAAAGUCGUCAAAGUCCCCGAUACCCUUAGCCUUUUCCUCCGUCAAAAACAUGAAAAUACCAAGAAAAUUCCCCACUAAGUUUGGUCGGUGGUGUCGGUUUACAUAGACUGGUGCGUAAUGUUUCAAUUUCUUCUACAUUCAGUCUCCUACACUCCUGUAUAUACCAUUAGCGUCUACAGGAAAAUUACACAUACCGAUCCUUACGCGGUUAUGCGACUGAUGACGCGUCUUGAAAUCGAAACAUUAAUGCCUGUGUCAAACAUAUAUCCCUUUUCUUUUGUAUAUCAUGGACAGCAAUUUGCCGCACGUUUUGUCAUAUCCCCCUGCGUCAAUCACACUGGGCGGUUCUGCGACUGGCGAGGUGUCUCGUGAACAAACCACUACUGUUUAAUUUGUUUCGAGCAGACACUUCGCUUCGUUUCUGUGUCAUGUGGCAGUUCUAUGCUAAUUUUGAUUUUUGUCUGUUUCUCUCCCUGGGCAAAGUCCAUUACUAACAAUUACUAAAACUUAUUGACAGAAGAGCACCGCCAAAAAGAUCAGCAUUUAAGGAAUGUGAAAUACUGAUUGGCUUAAAAUCAUGAUCAGAAAAAAAAAACAAUCUUAAGGGCUUGUUUAGCUGGCGCUAAAUCAAAAUUCUCAUGAUCAUUAAAGAAGAUUUAACAACACCCACCUAGAAGUGGAUACACGCAAAUUAGAAUAAAGUGACCCUAACUCUUUUUGUCCUUUUAGAAUUAGAAAAAAUAAUGACAAAAACAAACAAACAAACAAUACCAACACAAUCAAGAAAGAAAUAGUAUUGUCCAACUAGUUUCAAAGUUACGUGAAAAUUAUGGUAAUAUCUCUCCCAUCCUCGCACUUUUGAAGUAUGAACAUGAACGUAUAAUGAGAAGCUCUCAAACUUCUGUGAAAAAGCCGAACAAACAAAACGUGCAUGCAGGUGGGUAAUCACACCGGUCGGGUGAUUGAAAGAUGAAAAUUGAGAUAGAUACAUAGACACAAAAAUUAAUGUGUUUAUUAAAGUUUAGGUUUGUUCUGUACGUGUUUAUUAUUGAACUCCUUUCAAAAGGCCGGAAGUUUUUUAAAAGAGGCCUGAGGUCUGCUGGAUUAAAUUAUUGGUAUUUUCGAAAAGAAAAACAAAUGCUUAAGACAAAAUCAAUAGCUUUAAAUAUAAAUACCAUAAAAAGAAAUAAACAGAAACACAAGAUUAACUUAAGAUAUUCGCUUUUGACAAGCACAAAGCACGAAUCUCAUAAACGCUCAGUGUACUUUUACUUUCUCGUAAUGGCACAGUGUUUUGUGGUUUUGUUGAUUUUCUUUAUCUCUGGAGAAUCUUUUGGAACAACCACCUCACCCCAACAGCAAAACAUUCAACAGACAAAAGAUUUAUGCGAGGUAAGAAUUAGCUGUGUAGCUUCAGAUGACAAUUGUUGGCCUCCACGGGCAUUGCGUUAAACAUUGCAUGAAAAACAUUCAUCACUUGUUAUCAACAUUUUUCCAUGCUCUGAAAAACGUUUCCUCACUUAACAUACGGCGCUCGAGCUUACGAAUUGUGAAACACCCUUAAUUUGUUAAUUAAUGGAACCAAAGCGUCCAAUGCAUAGAUAAUAUUACGUCAAGCGUCGUUUUGCAUUCUCUGCGUUCUGAAUGGGCCGAAAAUUUCUCUUGUGACCUCGUCAAUAUCUUCUUUGCAUUGAUAAACUCGAUCUUGGAAUACUGUUCUGUCAUGAGGACAAAAAGCCUACUUGUCUAGGCUUUAUGUAAGUAAAAAAAGGUUGAUCAAGUCCGGAAAAAGGGAUUACGCAUUCUUUAAUCCUGAAGGUUCGCUAUAAUUACGCGAGAGUAAGAACGUAACAAGAAGGAAUCUUUCCCUCAAAAAUUGUGACCACUGUCGUCUCUCAUAGUUAAAUAUAGCCUUCAUUGAAAUUUUCCUUAAAAUUUUCCUUAAAAAAUAAAAUGUUGUUGCUGUUCAAUGUCAAGACUUCUAACUAUUUUUCAUGUAAUUUAACAGCAAUCAGGGUUAAAAUUGAAAUUGAAAUUAAAACACGAAAAGUCCAAAGACUACUGCAAAGCUGAUCAUAACAACGUGUAUUGUUUUUUUUUUUUUUUUUUUUUUUCAUAUAACAAUAUUUGGACUGGCCAUAUCAGCUUUCUUCAAGUUUACAGAUGUUACUGAAUUUAUGAUAGUAGGCGUUACAAUAGUAUACAUACGGAGAAUUUCGCAAUAAAAAUUGCCUAAAAGGGAGAAGAGGAAUGACGUACAGCAUAAAGCAUUAAAAAAAAGGAAAAGAAAAACUAAUAAGGGUACAGAUUACAACAAUUCGUCACGGCGGGUUUAGGCCAUUAGGUUCACGAGUCAUGGACUUAUCAAAUGUUACUUCUUCGCCUUACGUACUGAGUGACAUGAAGAAUUAAUUUUGUCUAGUGGAAUUUACUGCAUGUCAGUGUGAGAAUAAUGGUGAGAGUGUGAGAGAAAGUUUUCAGAAACAGUAGUGGGUUAAAAAGUAGAUUUAAUGUUAGUUUUGUCGACUGGACGUCUGUGUUCGUUAAAUCUGUCCUUUUGGCGUCGCUUAGUUUCACCUCUAUCUAGCCAGAUUUUUGAAAACGUUAUCGCCAAAGGUACCAAGCAGGGAUCUAUAGAUUUUGCGUCCAACAGUUUUUUUCGGCCAAAAAAUAUCUCCAAAGCAGCCAUUAUAAAACUAAGAGCGCUCCUUUGUUACUUUGAUUUUGGAGCUUAUCGGGCUUAAGAUACCGGCUUAUUGACGCCUUUUCACACAAAUGACUGCCAGUUUCGCUAGGUUGGUUUUCAAAAAAAUCGGCUAGACAUAUUAUAUUGAAAUUGCCGCUUUCGGUGGAGUAUUCAGUCUUGCUACUGCUUCUGCGGCUUCCCUCAAAGGACCCUUUUUCACCUGAGGCACUCGAGUGGACUAGUGUGAAUCUAAUGUCGUAUCCAGAUCCCUUGUCGACUCAUUGACAGGAGAUCUGGUACAAGCCGCUAGGCAUCCCCACUCCCAAAACCCUAGUGAUAUGGGAUCCCCUUCUCAUAUUACCUUAGCGAGUUGGGUAAGGGUUAGGAUUAGGGUUACAGGGGAUGCCCAUAUCAGAGAGGUUUUGGGAAUGGGGAUGCCCAAAACGGGGGAAAUGCCAAUACCAUUGCGACACCGAAAUGGAAAGCGAGAAGACGUUAGGCACGAUGUUGAUUUUCGGCAUUUUGAAUUUUCUUUUAAAAAUCGCUGACCUAGCAGUCAGGCAGCACGCAUCUUGCGCCCACGAUAGCUCCAGGGGAAGGAUCUGGUUCCUUUUUCACCGGAAAUUCUUAAAUUGCCUACUAAAACAUUGUGAAAAAUGUAAGUAAUUUAAGCCCCAUUCUGAUAUUUCAGAAUUGCUAGAAAACUAGAAACUGCUCAGGAUGCAAAAAGUUGCUCGAAACGAAAAAGUUGCUCGACACAUGAGAAGUUGCCAAAUAGUUGCCAAGCAACUUGUGCCCUAAUGAAUUCACAUAUUGCAAUCCUUUCCCUACCUACUGACGAUAUUCACUUUAUUUCUUAAAACAGGUGAAAGUGCUUUAAUCUCUGUUAAUUUUUAUGUUUAGAAAUCUUUACUGGGUCAUGGUUUUCCAGGCAUUCCAGGAUCAAAUGGCAUGCCUGGAAUGCCAGGCGUGCCAGGGCCGCAAGGACCCCAGGGAAGAGAAGGCGAUAAGGGACAAAUUGGUGAUAAGGGAUCGCAAGGAAUGCCGGGUCCAAGAGGAGACAAAGGUCACGAAGGGUAUCCCGGGAAGAGUGGAACGCCAGGAAUUAAGGGAACAAAAGGUGAACCGGGGGUUGUGGGGAUGAAAGGAGAGCGAGGCAUUGUGGGAAAUCAAGGGAGAAAAGGAGACAAAGGAGAGAAAGGAGAAAGCGCCAAAGCAAGUCAAGCAAGUGUAGUACCACAAACCAACUGGAAACAAUGUGUAUGGAAAGCAGUCAGCGGCACUGGAAACGGAAAGAUUAAGGUAAACAAGGAACCGGCUUUAUGCGGACCGCCGUGAGUAUAGUGUUUGAUCUCAAUCGGUGUUAAAACGUUGGAAGUUUAAGCUUUUGCUGGGAUUGAAUUAAGAACCAAUUUAAUAGCAAUGCGGCUAUCAAUCUCGUCAUCGUCUCAGCUUUUAUUUCCCUUUUCAGCUUCUAUUAAUUAAUUACCUACGUUAUUUAGCAUUAAAAGAGUCGUAGCCUAAAUAAUCACUGUUCGUGUUUGUCUUUGUAUUUUUUCCCUAGAACUGUACUUUUAACAAGCUGAUGUCGAAUACAGCCCUUAAAGUCUCAUUCCAGGGCAUCAUGAGGGUAAUAGGGGAUAAUAAGUGUAAUCGAUGGUAUUUCAAGUUUAACGGAAACGAAUGCAGCGGACCAAUGACGAUUGAGGCUAUUGUUUACAACAACUGGCAUUAUGGGAACCCUGAACUGCUGCAUCAUCGGUCAUUUGAGGGAUACUGUGAAAACAUACCACAAGGGACGGUAAGAGUGGAAUUGUGGGUAGGAGAGUGUCAUGGCCAAACCUUGGGCAAUGCUGAAACUGGAUGGAAUUCAGUGUCCCGGAUAAUGAUUGAAGAAGUAUCUAGGCCCCAGUCCUAAUAAGGAAAUCUCCAGUUUCCUUUGAAAAAAAAAACAACAAGCAUUAAACAAAACAAAACAAAACAAAACAAAAAACUAACAAAUAGAUCUACAGAAAAAAUUAAAGUACAGGUCGGUGGCAUUUUAAUUUUCCUUUGAGCUGUGUGUUACAGUCACCAGACGUCAGUGUCAAAGGUCUCCAUGAUAUCUGCAUGAUUGUGCCGUUCGCAAUCGUUAUAUUUCAAAAAAUGAUGUAUGGCUCAGAGGAGGUUGGACAGCAGUUCGCAAAGGAUCAUAGGACGAAUUAUCAAGUAGCUCAGUUAUAACGAAACCGUUGAGGUAGACGGAUCUCCGUGAUUCACGCCUUUUUGGCCGAUUUUAGCUUCAAUUGUGCUAGAAUUCCGCAUAUUUUCGCACAAAAAGUUUGUCCUAUCAAAGAUGUUAUAAAUUUCUCACGGCUAAGUGAUUGAGAUGCCUUUAAAACAUGUUUAUUUUAUUUGGCGUCGUCCAAAGUUAGUGGGCUUGUGGCUAGCCUGCGUAGCUGGCGGUAUUGUGUAGUAGUCGAGUGAGAUUCGGCGGCGGAGCCGUUGUAAUAUAGUCGAGUGAGAUUUGACGGCGGAGCCGUCACGAGCGGCGAAGCCGCGAGAAAUACCGCCUGCCAGAGAACCAUGAUUUUUCGAAUGCCGCCAACUUUUGUCACCUUAGCUGAUCGCAAUUAAAUCAGCCAGUCAAAGAGAAACCUGCAAUUUCAUACUUCCGAUUAUUUUCGCGCGAGACAGUUUAGAAAUAAGCGUUGACAGGCUAAACACGACUCCUAAGCUCGUGAUAAUGUGAAACGUGACCUUGUGAGUUUGCUUGAACAGAGGGUUUUUUAUUUUCUCGGCCAGCGGGGUGCACGCUACUUCCCAUACAUUCUCUUAAAUGAAAUCCAAACGAUGUUCUCACAACUUGCAAAGCGAUCAGCAAGGGUCUUGCCAGCGGAUUUGAGUACUGAUCAUGCGCAUUACGUCAAAAACCAUAGAUCAACGGUCUUGAGAAAAAACAAAAACAUGGCAGUCGAAGGCGGGACUGUUAAUCACUAUUAUAUUUUGGUAAUUCGCAAAUUUAUUGAUUUUAUGUCGCUUUUCAGACAUAGUGUGUGGUUUUCUUGUUCUGUUAAACAAUUUCCCUUUGCAGAGUUUGGAAUAUGCAACAUAUAGCUACAAUAGCUCCGUAUAGCUGCUAAGAAAAGGCCGCCGAAGAGUUGAGCUAUCGAGCAGUGUUUUGCUGCAAACCUAAGGAAAGUUAAAGUCGCUUCAAGGUACAGAGCUUUCAGUAGUAGUUUUGAUUUGUUUUAGGAUCGUUUUGAAUUUUAACUUUGGAUUCAAGGAGUUGACUGAUCGAAAUAAACGAAGUGAAAUGUUAUGAAGUGUUAAUUUUUAUUCAGUUAUGAUAUGUGGAGCAGUAAGCUCAUAUUUAUAAAGCUUUCUUGAAUAUACUUGCUUCCGAGAAAUUUGACACUUGCUCCAGUAUUUUUUUAUAUCAGCAUCAAGUUAUCCUUGCCCGGCAAAAACGAUGUAACCUAUAAAUAGAUCCAUCGAGCGCGUUGUUGUUGGUUAAGAUCUAGCACGAUUGCGUUUUAGUUUCCCCCGCAUUUCAGUACCGAAAGACAAAUACUAUAUGCAAGAAAAACAAAGUUGCAUGAUAUAAUUUUUUCAAUUUUUUAAGCAUUUCUGAUUUCCUCUGCCGGUUCGAUUCAAUUCUUGCUUCUAAAAUAUUUACUGUGGGAAAAAUACUGUAAUUAUCCGCUGACCACUACGCUGGGUGACCGCUUUGCAAGUUGUGAGAACAUCGUUUCUCGGUCCCAGACCUCGUCUCUUCCCCCCUGUUCUCGGCUCUCGCGCGAAGGUUACUAGCACUACACAGUGCAUGUAUCAUUCAAACUUUGACUGAGUAAAAUUUUUUUUUUGCAACACCAGGUCAUGAAGCUGGUUUGUUACAUGCAUGCUGAGUAACCAUUUCCGGUGGUUUAUUGUUCUGUAGGUGUUCCUGAUAGGAUUUGAUCUCAGAUGCAGUUGUAUAGUGUUUUAAUUUUCUUUGACCUUUGUUUCUUACGGCUAAAUAUUAAAAGACAGUUCCAGCGCUGUGAAGUUUAAAGACGCCAUUUCGGCAAUUUGGUCAUCAAUUAUGCUCUUUUAAAGCGGAAAUCACAAUCACUUUACAUGUACGUCUUUUUCAGUUUGUCAUCUGCUCCCUAAAUUGGGAAAUAUAUGCGAAGGCUCAUCUAACAUGAUUGACAUAUGUAUGGCCCUCGACCAAUCCGUUUCCCCGCACACUGGUGUGCGGACUAUUCAAAACACCGGCGUUUUCUGGCAGGCGGUAUUUCAAGCGCCUCGUCCCUACUCCCUUUUUGGAACACGGCUCCGCCGCCAAAACUUUAAUCUCGCACCCACACAAUACCGCCAGCUACGCAGGGUAGCUUGUGGCUUGCAAAAAACACGAGCUGUGUCAACUGUGUGCGUUAACCUCUCCAGACAGCGAAGGUUAUAAUUGCGAAUACCCAUUAAACUGACCGAUUAGAGAUUCGAAUGAUGGUGAGCAGUGCAAUGGGCAAGACAAAUGUCCCACAGAUUUGAGAUUAUGUAAUUUAGUAUCUUUCAAUCACUUAGUUUUAAUUGAUCGAUGGUCCGCUUGAGUUUAUUCUUUGGAUUGCUUAUUUGUAAUUUACAAGCUAAGUAAGCUUAUAUUUCGAUUUUUGAAGAUUGAAAUCACAAAUAAAGGUGUAUUAUUGAACUGAAUGAAUGCUAGGUACAUACAUAAUAGCUUUGGCGAACGUACUGGACUACUGCAUAAUUGGAGGCAAAAAAAAAACCCUAAGUAAAUUCCCCAUAAAAAAUAUUUCAAGGGCAGCAUUUUAGUUUAAAAGACUCAAUGUAGUGGUUUUAUUUCGUGUAGUAGUGGUAUAAAUAAUGUGCAGUGGUAUAAAUAUCCUUACAGAAUGAUAUACAGUAAAAAUCUGCAACUAAAUAACCUGGUUGUUGAGAGCGUGUUAGGCUAAAAUUUGCCUGUUAAGCCCCCUCUAUAAAAGAACCUGUUAAGCCUAAUAUUUAAAAGAAGGUUCCUAUUUUCUAAAAUCUGUUUAAGUAAAUUCUGUGCACUUGGGCAAAUAAGAUAUGCCAACAUUCGGGAUCCUCUUUAGAGACACAGUUGCCAUAUCACUGCCUAUGCCUAUAUAUCAUACAGCAAAAUAUGUAAGGGAUAAGCUGAAUACCACUGAAUAGUCUUAGCUUGAAUCUAUUUUUUCUUCUGAAAUAGGAACCCAUCCUCGGAGACCCAGGGGCCUAAAUUUGUGCUAAUUACCAUUUAUUUAAGAACCUGUUUAGCGAGGCUAACCUAGGAAAUAUGCAGGUUCUUAGUCGCACGUGUUAACUGUAUUCUUGCUUGAUGCUUCUCAUAAAAGGUAAUAAUAUGCACAGCGUGUUUACCAAAUCUCAGAAACAAUUGAAUCAAACAAUAAUGAGUUAUCAAUUCUUCAGGAUGUAUCUCUUUGGUCCUGUGCUUGUAAAUCUAAAAAGAAAAGAGAUCACAAGAAACAAUUGACUAGAAUUUCCUCCAGCGUCGCAAACAAAAUGAAAAGCUCCCAUAUCAAGAAAACAAAGAGGGUGUACUUGCACACUAGGUCAAUGUUAUUAUCGUAGCCUUAUACACUACAGAUGCAUAAAAUCUCCCAAAACAGAGCUCGUGACCCCGCUUUGAGCGAUGACACACUGCUUAAUCUAUGCGAGAAAACGAUAAACUGUACUCAAUAAUACAAAAACCAAAAUGAAGAAUAUAUUAGAACGCAAAUAAGACUCAUAGUGACGAUUUAUGAUGAGCCGGAAUGUUUUCCCACGUGAGGCCGACUGAAGUGUGGUUGAAAUGUCACACAUCGCAUUAUUUACUUCUGCACAUAAUAAGUUUUAAAUGGAAAAUUACUCGAAAACGGAAAUGGGGGCGAGGGGAGGGGGGGGUAGAAGGGGGCGACCGUACAAAAUGGAAGAUCAAUAUUUUUCCUUCAAAGUUUUGUGAAAAGUAGACCAAUCAAGACACGGAGAAGCGAAAGAGUCCCACUUCAAAUCGUAUCACUCAAAACACCGAAGAUGACCAGCCAUUUUGGAAUGUCGAGCAAAGCACAGUGAAAAUAUACCCUAAAAAUCCACUCACCUUAAAGAUUUUCGCAUCAAUAGAAUCAAGAAGCCCCAGCUACACCAGCAGAGGAAUUCCUUGACGAAUCGAUGACGGAAAACGAGGAAUAAAACGAAAUUAUUGAGGCGGCCAACUAUGCUUGGAAUAUUCAUCUCACGAUCUGCAGCAAGAUGAUUUUUGCCAAUCGUGAUUGGUCGAAAUUGCUCCCUUGAAUCUUUGCAAACUGCUGUACAAACCUCCUCUGGUAUGGCUAAAGACUAAAUCAGUGUUAAGUAAAAAAAUUCAGGUUACCCUUUACCUUGAGAUCGACCAUUUUGAGUCUUCGACUUAUGAAUUGAAUAAUCGUUCAUCUGACAAAAAAAGAAAAAAGUGUUUCAGCAUUGUGUAUAAAUUUUUUGCCUAACAACGUUGCUCCCUUAGGAAUUUUUUCUUUAUUAAAAAUUUCUAGAAAAAAAAUACAAUUUGACGCUUAAACUAGUUUGAGACGCAUUUAAACAGUCUGCCUGGGAUAGUGUUACAGUUACUCGUUUAGGCAGGUGAGGUGUGAGGUGUGGCGGCUUGAUUUAGGUGUAGCUUAAAUCGAAAGAAAAUGGGAAAAGGGAAAUUGAAUGAAAACUACAGUAAGAAACCUAACUGAAUUUCAUUGACCAUCGUCAAAUACUGACUUUAUUUCAGUCGUGAUCACAAUAGAGCAUUUCCGGGUCACGUAACAAAUUAAAGAAAAACUUUUUUUGUAAAAUUCAUUGCAAUAGUUAAGAUGUUUAAUACAGUUAUGUCAUAACUUGAGCAUUCUUCAAUUUAUAGUUUGGAUCAGUUGAAAGAAGUGGGACGUUUUAAUUUAUUCUUUGUUUUAAUAGAGGGUCUUUCUUAUUUUUCAUUUUGUUAGAGCAUUUGCUUCAGUGUACAAGGCAUUAAGUAAAAUGUAAGGCAAGGGUCUUGCCAGCGGAUUUGAGUACUGAUCAUGCGCAUUACGUCAAAAACCAUAGAUCAACGGUCUUGAGAAAAAACAAAAACAUGGCAGUCGAAGGCGGGACUGUUUCUCACUAUUAUAUUUUGGUAAUUCGCAAAUUUAUUGAUUUUAGGUCGCUUUUCAAACAUAGUGUGUGGUUUUCUUGUUCUGUUAAACAAUUUCCCUUUGCAGAGUUUGGAAUAUGCAACAUAUAGCUACAAUAGCUCCGUAUAGCUGCUAAGAAAAGGCCGCCGAAGAGUUGAGCUAUCGAGCAGUGUUUUGCUGCAAACCUAAGGAAAGUUAAAGUCGCUUCAAGGUACAGAGCUUUCAGUAGUAGUUUUGAUUUGUUUUAGGAUCGUUUUGAAUUUUAACUUUGGAUUCAAGGAGUUGACUGAUCGAAAUAAACGAAGUGAAAUGUUAUGAAGUGUUAAUUUUAUUCAGUUAUGAUAUGUGGAGCAGUAAGCUCAUAUUUAUAAAGCUUUCUUGAAUAUACUUGCUUCCGAGAAAUUUGACACUUGCUCCAGUAUUUUUUAUAUCAGCAUCAAGUUAUCCUUGCCCGGCAAAAACGAUGUAACCUAUAAAUAGAUCCAUCGAGCGCGUUGUUGUUGGUUAAGAUCUAGCACGAUUGCGUUUUAGUUUCCCCGCAUUUCAGUACCGAAAGACAAAUACUAUAUGCAAGAAAAACAAAGUUGCAUGAUAUAAUUUUUCAAUUUUUAAGCAUUUCUGAUUUCCUCUGCCGGUUCGAUUCAAUUCUUGCUUCUAAAAUAUUUACUGUGGGAAAAAUACUGUAAUUAUCCGCUGACCACUACGCUGGGUGACCGCUUUGCAAGUUGUGAGAACAUCGUUUCUCGGUCCCAGACCUCGUCUCUUCCCCCUGUUCUCGGCUCUCGCGCGAAGGUUACUAGCACUACACAGUGCAUGUAUCAUUCCAAACUUUGACUGAGUAAAUCUUUUUUUUGCAACACCAGGUCAUGAAGCUGGUUUGUUACAUGCAUGCUGAGUAACCAUUUCCGGUGGUUUAUUGUUCUGUAGGUGUUCCUGAUAGGAUUUGAUCUCAGAUGCAGUUGUAUAGUGUUUUAAUUUUCUUUGACCUUUGUUUCUUACGGCUAAAUAUUAAAAGACAGUUCCAGCGCUGUGAAGUUUAAAGACGCCAUUUCGGCAAUUUGGUCAUCAAUUAUGCUCUUUUUAAAGCGGAAAUCACAAUCACUUUACAUGUACGUCUUUUUCAGUUUGUCAUCUGCUCCCUAAAUUGGGAAAUAUAUGCGAAGGCUCAUCUAACAUGAUUGACAUAUGUAUGGCCCUCGACCAAUCCGUUUCCCCGCACACUGGUGUGCGGACUAUUCAAAACACCGGCGUUUUCUGGCAGGCGGUAUUUCAAGCGCCUCGUCCCUACUCCCUUUUUUUGGAACACGGCUCCGCCGCCAAAACUUUAAUCUCGCACCCACACAAUACCGCCAGCUACGCAGGGUAGCUUGUGGCUUGCAAAAAACACGAGCUGUGUCAACUGUGUGCGUUAACCUCUCCAGACAGCGAAGGUUAUAAUUGCGAAUACCCAUUAAACUGACCGAUUAGAGAUUCGAAUGAUGGUGAGCAGUGCAAUGGGCAAGACAAAUGUCCCACAGAUUUGAGAUUAUGUAAUUUAGUAUCUUUCAAUCACUUAGUUUUAAUUGAUCGAUGGUCCGCUUGAGUUUAUUCUUUGGAUUGCUUAUUUGUAAUUUACAAGCUAAGUAAGCUUAUAUUUCGAUUUUUGAAGAUUGAAAUCACAAAUAAAGGUGUAUUAUUGAACUGAAUGAAUGCUAGGUACAUACAUAAUAGCUUUGGCGAACGUACUGGACUACUGCAUAAUUGAGGCAAAAAAAAAAAACCCUAAGUAAAUUCCCCAAAAAAAUAUUUCAAGGGCAGCAUUUUAGUUUAAAAGACUCAAUGUAGUGGUUUUAUUUCGUGUAGUAGUGGUAUAAAUAAUGUGCAGUGGUAUAAAUAUCCUUACAGAAUGAUAUACAGUAAAAAUCUGCAACUAAAUAACCUGGUUGUUGAGAGCGUGUUAGGCUAAAAUUUGCCUGUUAAGCCCCCUAUAAAAAGAACCUGUUAAGCCUAAUAUUUAAAAGAAGGUUCCUAUUUUCUAAAAAUCUGUUUAAGUAAAUUCUGUGCACUUGGGCAAAUAAGAUAUGCCAACAUUCGGGAUCCUCUUUAGAGACACAGUUGCCAUAUCACUGCCUAUGCCUAUAUAUCAUACAGCAAAAUAUGUAAGGGAUAAGCUGAAUACCACUGAAUAGUCUUAGCUUGAAUCUAUUUUUUCUUCUGAAAUAGGAACCCAUCCUCGGAGACCCAGGGGCCUAAAUUUGUGCUAAUUACCAUUUAUUUAAGAACCUGUUUAGCGAGGCUAACCUAGGAAAUAUGCAGGUUCUUAGUCGCACGUGUUAACUGUAUUCUUGCUUGAUGCUUCUCAUAAAAGGUAAUAAUAUGCACAGCGUGUUUACCAAAUCUCAGAAACAAUUGAAUCAAACAAUAAUGAGUUAUCAAUUCUUCAGGAUGUAUCUCUUUGGUCCUGUGCUUGUAAAUCUAAAAAGAAAAGAGAUCACAAGAAACAAUUGACUAGGAAUUUCCUCCAGCGUCGCAAACAAAAUGAAAAGCUCCCAUAUCAAGAAAACAAAGAGGGUGUACUUGCACACUAGGUCAAUGUUAUUAUCGUAGCCUUAUACACUACAGAUGCAUAAAAUCUCCCAAAACAGAGCUCGUGACCCCGCUUUGAGCGAUGACACACUGCUUAAUCUAUGCGAGAAAACGAUAAACUGUACUCAAUAAUACAAAAACCAAAAUGAAGAAUAUAUUAGAACGCAAAUAAGACUCAUAGUGACGAUUUAUGAUGAGCCGGAAUGUUUUCCCACGUGAGGCCGACUGAAGUGUGGUUGAAAUGUCACACAUCGCAUUAUUUACUUCUGCACAUAAUAAGUUUUAAAUGGAAAAUUACUCGAAAACGGAAAUGGGGGCGAGGGGAGGAGGGGGGGUAGAAGGGGCGACCGUACAAAAUGGAAGAUCAAUAUUUUUCCUUCAAAGUUUUGUGAAAAGUAGACCAAUCAAGACACGGAGAAGCGAAAGAGUCCCACUUCAAAUCGUAUCACUCAAAACACCGAAGAUGACCAGCCAUUUUGGAAUGUCGAGCAAAGCACAGUGAAAAUAUACCCUAAAAAUCCACUCACCUUAAAGAUUUUCGCAUCAAUAGAAUCAAGAAGCCCCAGCUACACCAGCAGAGGAAUUCCUUGACGAAUCGAUGACGGAAAACGAGGAAUAAAACGAAAUUAUUGAGGCGGCCAACUAUGCUUGGAAUAUUCAUCUCACGAUCUGCAGCAAGAUGAUUUUUGCCAAUCGUGAUUGGUCGAAAUUGCUCCCUUGAAUCUUUGCAAACUGCUGUACAAACCUCCUCUGGUAUGGCUAAAGACUAAAUCAGUGUUAAGUAAAAAAAUUCAGGUUACCCUUUACCUUGAGAUCGACCAUUUUGAGUCUUCGACUUAUGAAUUGAAUAAUCGUUCAUCUGACAAAAAAAGAAAAAAGUGUUUCAGCAUUGUGUAUAAAUUUUUUGCCUAACAACGUUGCUCCCUUAGGAAUUUUUUCUUUAUUAAAAAUUUCUAGAAAAAAAAUACAAUUUGACGCUUAAACUAGUUUGAGACGCAUUUAAACAGUCUGCCUGGGAUAGUGUUACAGUUACUCGUUUAGGCAGGUGAGGUGUGAGGUGUGGCGGCUUGAUAUAGGUGUAGCUUAAAUCGAAAGAAAAUGGGAAAAGGGAAAUUGAAUGAAAACUACAGUAAGAAACCUAACUGAAUUUCAUUGACCAUCGUCAAAUACUGACUUUAUUUCAGUCGUGAUCACAAUAGAGCAUUUCCGGGUCACGUAACAAAUUAAAGAAAAACUUUUUUUGUAAAAUUCAUUGCAAUAGUUAAGAUGUUUAAUACAGUUAUGUCAUAACUUGAGCAUUCUUCAAUUUAUAGUUUGGAUCAGUUGAAAGAAGUGGGACGUUUUAAUUUAUUCUUUGUUUUAAUAGAGGGUCUUUCUUAUUUUUCAUUUUGUUAGAGCAUUUGCUUCAGUGUACAAGGCAUUAAGUAAAAUGUAAUUUUAUGCUCAAGUUGUCUUGACUACUUCUACCGAAAGCCGGAUUAGGUUCAAAUUUCCUCUUCUCUACUCUCUGUACAAUACAUUGGUGGUCAACUUGAAGCCGGUAAACAAAUAGGCAUUAUAUAUCUCGACACGAGUAAGACUUUCGACAAAGUGGAUCACGCCAAGAUACACUGGUCCAAAACUUUGGAAUUCUUUAUCUAUUGAUGUUAAAAAAAUCAAGCCGUUUUCCAGUUUUCGUACAAUGCCCUGCAAUCUGAUCUUAAUGAUCUCGUAAGUUGGUCCGAAUCAUCUGGGCUCAUAUUUAAUCAGCCCAAGGGUAAAUAACAGUGCAUUAUCCGCAAAAGAACACCUGUACAGCAAUCUUAUCAUCAAUAAAACAACGUUGGAACUGAUCCUGUCAAACAGACUUGGUGUAUGGGUGUCAAGCAACCUUAUAUUACCUCGGACAAACAAGUGAUUGA